AUGCUCGCCACGGCAGUGGUGAUUUCUGCAGCUGUACCAAUGGUGCAGAGAUUAGAACACCGGCAACAAGAUGAAGGAUUUCAAAAUAACGGCUUAACGGAGGCUGUUACCUGGGACACUCAUACGCUUCAAGUUAACGGCGAAAGGGUGUUUCUUUACAGUGGCGAGUUUCAUUACUUUCGCCUUCCUUCACCUGAUCUUUGGAAAGAUGUUCUGCAAAAGCUCAAGGCAUUGGAGUUCAACGGGGUCUCUUUCUACUUUGACUGGGGCUAUCACUCAGCCCAAAAAGGUGUCUAUGACUUUAACGGUAUCCGUGAUGUUCAGAGGGCAUUCGAUUAUGCUACCGAAUUGGGACUUCAUAUUGUGACACGACCGGGCCCUUAUAUCAAUGCUGAAGUGGACUGCGGUGGUUAUCCUGGUUGGUUUAUAAGGGAACCCGGUGCCACACGUAAAAGGGACCCGAAUAACGACAAGAACUACUUGGAGUGGCUUGAUGCAAUUGACAAGCAUAUCGUACGAAAUCAGGUUACACAUGGUGGUCGAGUCAUCUUAAAUCAAAUCGACAACGAGUAUGCAGUCAAUACUGACCCGCGCUAUAUGCAAAUGAUCAAAGACAAAUUCCACGAGGAUGGCAUCGUUGUGCCAUUAAUCCACAACGAUCCUGGUUUAAGGUCCGGAUUCGUGAGGGGUGAAGGCGCUCCAGACAUUUAUGGGUGGGACAUUUAUCCACUUGGUUUCGACUGCAGCCAGCCAGAUAAAUGGGAGACCGAUAGAAAUCAGAUCAGUUACAGAGAGUACCAUCGACGUACAAAUGAUGAACAACCUAUGGCUGUCUACGAAUUCCAAGGAGGUGCUUUCGAUCGUUGGGGUGGUACAGGCUAUGCAGAAUGCAGAAAGCUUCUUAAUGAGCAGUACGCCAAGGUUUACUACAAAAACAACUUUGCGCAGGGCGUAACAAUUCACAAUUUAUAUAUGACUUACGGUGGCAUUUCAUGGGGAAAUCUUGCCGAGCCAGGCGUUUAUAGCUCUUACGAUUAUGCUGCACCCAUCAGCGAAUCUGGUAUUUUGACUGCCAAGGCCUACGAAAAUAAGCUUCAAGGAGGAUUCAUAAAUACUGUCAAGCCCUUCUAUACAACCGAGUAUUUUGAGUCACAAACAGACAACGACAAUCUUAUAGUCGACGGUUUAGCGGAUGUCAAUACAGAUACCAAAUUUUACAUUGCUCAGCAUCUUGAUAUUGGCUCUAAAGAUUUAGACGAGUUUACCAUUACCGUGAACACCACGAAGGGCGCACUUACUAUUCCUCGAAGCAGCAAGCUUGUUUUGAACGGUCGCGAUGCCAAGAUUUUGGUUACGAAUUACGAUUUUGGUUCGCAACAUUUGGUUUACACAACAAGUGAAAUCUUCACUCAUCAGGACCUAGACUCCCGUGAUGUCAUUGUGGUUUAUGCCUAUGAAGAUGAAGACGGUGAAUUUGCAAUCAGCGUAGACAAUGAAGAUUUCAAAGUUGAAGCUGACAGUUCAGUUACUUCGGACGUCUCUGACGGCAUUUUGCAGCUUACCUACAAGCAUCCAAAUGGCACCACUCCAGUUCAUAUUUCAGGAACAGAAAAGGACUUGCUUGUGUUGAUUUCUGGUUAUCAAGCUGCUACGAGAUGGUGGGCUCCUCAUAUUGAUGAACAUACGCGUGUCUUUAUUCAUGGACCUUAUCUCGUGCGCUCUGCUUCUGCUUCACACCAUUCGUCGGUGGCAUUCACUGGAGAUAUCGAUGAAACAACAGACAUUCAAGUGGUCCUUCCCGACAAGAUCAACUCCAUCACCUGGAAUGGUAAGAAGGUCAAACUGGAGGAGGGCCAAAAUGGUAUCUGGACCGGAACGUUGCAGUUUGACGAACCAGAUGUCAAGUACACUGAUCUUACCCAGGCCAGAUGGAAGUACAGCCCUGCGUCCCCAGAGACAGAACCUGACUUUGAUGAUUCGGAUUGGUUGACCGCGAAUAACCUUACUACUGUAUCUAUCACUCCGCAUGACACAUGGCCGGUCCUCUAUGCAGAUGAAUAUGGCUACCACACUGGUAAUAUUUGGUUCCGUGGCACUUUUAAUGGAUCUUCGGAAAUCACUGGCUUCAAUAUUACUAGUCACUUUGGUCUUGCUUCUGCUUGGGUGGUGUGGUUCAAUGGCAAAUAUCUUGGAGGUUGGGGUGCGGAUGAAACGGGCAAUUUAGGCUACGAGGAUUUGAAUAACACUCUACUCAAGUCUGAGGGUGAAAAUGUCAUUUCUGUCUUAUUUUGGACUACUGGUCACGGUGGCGAUUGGAACGCAGACGGUUGGCAUACAGAUGCGCGAGGUCUUACGAAAGCAGAACUUCUUGGAGUUAGCAACCAGACCAUUUGGUCAAUUGAUUGGAAAAUCCAAGGCAACCUUGGAGGAGAAAAUAUCUUCGAUACCGUUCGUGGUCCUUAUAAUGAAGGUGGCCUAUAUGGCGAACGUAUGGGCUGGCAUUUACCGGGCUUCCGCGAUAACGAUUGGGAGACCGUAUCCUUGCCAGAGUCUACCAAUCGCACGGGCUUUUCAUGGUACCGUACAUCAUUUGAUGUCAAAAUCCCCAAUGGAUACGACGUUCCUAUGAGCGUCCGAAUUGAUGACGACACUGACUCCCGCUAUCGUGCUGUCAUUUUCUGCAAUGGCUGGCAACUUGGAAAGUUUGCGCAUGAUAUCGGCCCACAGACCCAAUUUUAUCUUCCGCGCGGCAUCCUCAAUGUGAAUGGCAAAAAUACAUUGGCUAUUGGAACCGUUGCCAUUGACGAGGGAGCACAACUCGGCAAAGUUACUCUUGAGCCUUAUGGUGUACUUCAAUCUGCACUUCCGCAAGUCGAUAUGGUUGAUUCUCCAUCAUAUAACGACCUCAGGAAGAGAAAGUAA